AUGGCCAAGUGGGGAGAAGGCGAUCCAAGAUGGAUUGUUGAAGAAAGACCAGACGCCACAAAUGUAAACAAUUGGCAUUGGGUAGAGAAAAACGCAUCUGGUUGGUCUAAGGAUAAGUUAAAGGAGUUGCUUGUUGGAUUGAAAAUUACAGAUGAUCAAGGUGAAUGUGAAAUUGCAGAAUUAUCAAAGAUAGAAGGUGAAGCUUCAGCUAAUAAUAGAAAAGCUAAAUUAAUAUUUUUCUAUGAAUGGGAGGUGACUGGAGAAUGGAAAGGUAGUCUCAAAGAUGGAGAUAAGAUAUAUAAAGGAAAAUUUGAAGUUCCUAAUCUUAGUGAAGAAAAUGACCCAGAGGAUAUUGAAGUUACAGUAACAUGUGAAAAAUCUACUGAUGAGGCAUAUACAUGUAAAGAAAUAUUCCGCAAAGUGGGUACACCAAUAAUACAACAACAAAUAGCAAAAUACAUCAAAGACUUGAGAGAAGAGUACAGUCAAGGCAUUGUUUUACCAACAAGAACAACUGGUGGUAGUACACUUAUUAAUACAUCCUAUUCAAUGCUGAAGUGCUCAUUUAUAAAUAAUAUCUUUCAGAAUGCUGCUAAGAAGGAAUUAAAUAAGGUAAUUACAAGUUCAGAGAAGUCAAAUGCUGGUGUUAAAAUAAGAACAAAGAUAUUAAAGUCUAAAGAAGAGUUCAAAUGUAAUGCUUCUGAUUUAUACAGAGCCCUGACAGAUCCUGGGAUGGUAUCAGCAUUUACUGGUAGUACAGCUUUAUUAGAGCCUGAAACUGGAGGUAAAUUUUCUCUCAAUGGUGGAAAUAUUUGUGGAGAAUUCAUUGAAUUGGUUCCAAAUAAAAAACUUGUUCAGAAGUGGCGUGUAAAGUCGUGGCCAGAGGAACAUUAUUCAACUGUGACUAUAGAAUUAAGUGAAACUGAGGACUGUACACGAUUAAAUUUACAUCAAGUCGGUAUUCCAGAAUCAGAAUUUGAACGAACACAAUGUGGCUGGCAAAAUCAUUUCUGGGAGAGAAUCAAACAAGUAUUUGGAUUUGGAGCGAGGCUUUUUUGA